GUACUCCUCCUCAGGCAUUUUUUUCUAAAUUUUGCCCUGUGGUCCCCUAGGGGUCGAAUUUUAUUGGAAAAAAUAUUUAGUUAAAAGAUAGACUAUUCAAUGCAGUUUUUUAUGCUGAUUCCGAAUACCAUAUUUAUUUCGAAUGAGAAUCGACUCUUGAGAGUCAAAAUAUCGAAAUACAGUCUCAAAAGAGAAAAAUUGAUGCAAAAAUGGGUUACAAUUUCCCAAUGCAAGGCAAUUUUGGGGACUUUGCGCCCAUGUUGAAGAACCAUCAAAUAGUGCAUUUUGUAGCCCUAUAUAAGGCACAAUUUCUGAGAAAGUUUGAGGCGUGGGUGCUUCUUCUGAGAUUAACGCCAUUCAUCACAGUGAACCUAUAACUAUCACUUUUGAUCAAAAACAGUAUCAAGUUGAUAAGAAACAACCUUUUUUGUAUCUUCUGAAUAUUAUGUGAUUAAAGAUGUUAGAUAUAUAAACUUGUAGCCCAUCAAAAACUCUACAUAACCGUAUAUAAGGAAUGUUUUUUAUGACAUCCUUCGACUAAUUUAUAGGGACUAUACUGAUUACCUAUAUUUUACCAUUUUGGACCCUACCCCUUCACCAGUAAAUUGAUCAUAACUCUUCCUAAACGUUUUAGAAAACAGACUCAUUAUAUACCAUUGGAUGCGCCUUGAAAUUCUCUACAAGAUGGGAUAUUUGGUUUUUCAAUUCUGGAUAGGUCAUCUUAUCCGACAGGGUCCUUUCCAAUAAGAACUCAUCUGAUUGGUCAAUAUCGAAAGUUAUUCAAAAAACAUUGACCCACCUUAUAUUUUCGUGUCGAUUUUUAAUUCAAUUAAAUUUUUAGUUAUCGUAAAUGUAUAUCGGAAUGUACGCAUACUUUAAUUGAUGAAAUUUGGUUAUCAUUAUUAGAUCAAUUAGAAAAUAGUACAAUACAUUUAAUUAUUAUUCAAUUCAUUAGUGCUCUUCUUGAUGGUUAUCGUUUAUUUGAUUUAAAUAUUUCACGUACUAUAUUAAUUGAACAAAAUCAAUUAAAAUAUAAUAGAACAUUAGAAAAAUUACGUCAACAAAUAAAUGAAACUAUGGUAAUGUUAAAUUUUAUAAUAUUUUCUCCAGGUUCAAAAAAAAAAAAACGAUCAUAUUUCAUAGAAAAUGUCAUCAUAUAG